AUGGUUGUUGUUGGUUGUCGGCCUAGUGCGAUUACUUAUGGGACUUUGAUUGAUGGAUUGUGUAAAACAGAGGAGAUAAGUCUUGCUAUUAAGUUGUAUGAGGAGAUGGUUAAUGGGAAUGAUGAAUUUGGUGUUAUUUGUAGGUCAAAUGUUGUUAUUUAUAGUACUAUAAUUGAUGGUCUUAUAGAAUUGGAUAAAGAAGUCAACCAAGCUCUUUAUCUUUAUCGAAAAAUGAUUUAUGAAGAAAUUAGGCCCGAUGUGAUUAUAUAUAGCACCUUGUUAACUGGUCUUUUUCUUAUCGCUAAGGUUGGAGAUGCGCGGAAUUUGAUUGGUGACAUGACAACAUUGCAGCCAAGAGAAAUAUGGUUCGGUGUUACAUAUGCGGUUGCUGUAACGAUGAUCCAUGGAGACUUGGUUGAUAUCGGAUUUCAAAUUGCCAUUGAAAUCUAUGAAGCAGCAUGGUUUGAAAAUGGUGUAAUGACUUCUUUCUACUAG